AUAUAAACAGAAAUCAAAAUUUUCUCAGAUCAGAACUUGACAGCUUUAUGGAAAUGGACACAAAGGUGGAGAGCAGAGGAAUGGGUGGUUCUUUACCUGUUGAGAAUGUCCAAGCUCUUGCAUCCAAGAACCUGAAGCAUAUACCAUCCAGAUAUAUCAGACCAGAGGUUGAACUCGAUCUAGUUUCCAUAGACGAAUCCCUUCAGGUUCCUGUCAUUGACAUGUGCAAACUAGAUCACCAUGAUGAACUGAAAAAACUCCAUAUCGCUUGCAAACACUGGGGUUUCUUCCAGUUGAUCAAUCAUAGGGUAGCAGAUGAAGUGAUUGAGAAAAUGAAGAUUGACACGCAAGAAUUCUUCAAAUUGCCUUUGGAGGAGAAGACAAAGUGUGCACAGAUACCAAAUGAGAUUGAAGGCUACGGUCAAACCUUGGUAAUGUCUAAAGACCAGAAGCUUGAUUGGAACGACAUGCUCGUCCUUUAUCCCCUGCCUGUACCCUCAAGAAAUAUGAAAUUCUGGCCGACCAAUCCCCCUUCAUUCAGGGCAACCUUGGAGAAGUACUCAAUGGAGUUGCAUAAGCUUGUGAUUCAACUCGUGAAGCUUAUUGCCCAGAACUUGAAGACUGACCCUGAGACACUUUCGAGCUAUUUCGAGGAUGUAAUACAAGGAAUAAGGAUGAACUAUUAUCCGCCGUGUGCGGAGGCAAGCAAGGUUCUUGGUGCAUCUCCACACUCUGAUGCUAGAGCCUUAACAAUACUGCUACAAGUGAAUGAGGUGGAAGGAUUACAAAUCAAGAAAAAUGAGAAAUGGGUGCCAGUUAAACCCAUCCCCGGCGCAUUGAUCGUCAAUAUUGGUGACAUGAUCGAGAUUAUGAGCAAUGGAGAGUAUAAAAGCAUAGAACAUAGAGCUGUGGUUAACCAGGAGAAAGAGCGGCUGUCAAUCGCAGCGUUCCACAGCCCGAAAAAGGGUACUCAGAUUGGUCCAUUGCCAGAUAUUGUGAAGAAAAACAAAGCACUGUACAAGACUAUGCCACUUGAGGAGUUCCUGACACUGAGGCUAAGUAGGAAAGUUAAUGGGAAACUUCUGUUGGAUCAAGUGAAGCUCUAG